AUGUCGUUCGGUGAUUCCAUAGCGAAUUCACCUGAACUUCGAGCAGAAGGAGCUUCCAGAGAGAACUCCCACAACAUGUCGCUCGGUGAUUCCACAACGAAUUCACCUGACCUUCAAGCGGAAGGAGCUUCAGAAGAGAACUCCUACAACAAGCCGCUUGCAUUGAAAAGAGAAAAGAUAAUGAUGUUGACAAUGUUUUAUUAUGCUCUGGCUUUCACCAUUUUUUCAUUUUUUGCAGUGCUGAAAUGGAACAGCUUAAGGUACUCAAGGAAAGGAAUGCCUCCAGGGUCACUGGGAUGGCCUUUGGUUGGGGAGACUAUCAAAUUUCUCACACAAGGACCAGAUUUCAUGAAAAGGAGCACAUUAAGAUAUGGAAGUCUCUUCAAAACUCAUGUAUUGGGAUCUCCUACUGUUAUUAGCACGGAUCCUGAAAUCAACAGAUACAUACUCAUGAAUGAAGCAAAAGGCUUGGUUCCUGGCUACCCGGACUCCAUGAGGAAGAUCCUUGGGACUAACAUUUCUGAGGUUCAUGGUGCAGAACACAAACGAAUAAGAGGCUCACUGUUAUCUCUCGUUGGUCCAAUCGCAGUUAAGGAUCGUCUUUUGACAGAAGUUGAUGACUUCAUGAGCUCUUACCUAGACAAUUGGGAUGGUAAAAUAGUUGAUAUACAAGAAAAAACUGUUGAGAUGUCAUUCUUUGUUUCCAUGAAAGCUGUGGUGGAAGAUGAGCCAAACUCUUUCAUCGAGUACUUCAAAGCCUCGUUUGAUAAAAUGGCAUUGGGAACAAUAUCCUUGCCAUUUAAAAUUCCAGGAACUCAAUAUUAUCGAGGUUUGAAGGCUAGGGAAAAAGUGCUUGCAAUGCUAAGAGAGCUGAUAGCCAAGAGAAGAGCUUCUUCAGCCACUCAUAACGACAUUCUUGAUCAACUUGUGAGAAAUGAGGAUGGUAAGUACAAGCUAAAUGACGAAGAAAUAAUGGAGCAAAUCACCACAAUUUUAUACUCAGGUUAUGAAACGGUAUCAACCACUACAAUGAUGUCUAUCAAAUACCUAUGUGAUAACCCUGACAUUCUACAGGCAGUAAGGGAUGAGCAUUUUGCAAUCUUGCAGAAGAAACUGCAUGGAGAACGGAUCAACUGGGAUGACUACAAGAGCAUGAGGCAAACUCGUGCGGUAUUACUUGAGACAAUGAGAUUGGCUACUGUUGUUAAUGGAGUGAUGAGGAGGACUACUAAAGAUAUAGAAUUGAAUGGUUAUAUGAUUCCCAAGGGAUGGAGGGUUUAUGUUUACACAAGGGAUGGUAACUUUGAUCCCAUUCUCUAUGAAGAACCUUUUACUUUUAAUCCAAGGAGAUGGCUGGAGAAAGGGUUGGAGACUCAUAAUCACAACAUGCUAUUUGGAGCAGGAGGUAGGGUUUGUCCUGGAAAGGAAUGGGGCAUGUUCAAAAUCAGUAUUUUUAUUCACUAUUUGGUGACUAGAUACAGAUGGGAAGAAGUUGAGGGAAGCAAAACACUUGCGAAAUUUCCAAGGGUGAUGGCACCAACAGGACUACACAUGAAGAUAAAAAAAUACUAAGAAGAAAGAUAAUCCU